AUGAUUCCACUGAUGAUGAUUCCAAUGAUGCUGACUCCAAUGAUGAUGAUUCCAAUGCUUCCAAACAGCAGUAGCAGCCACAUAAACACCAACCACAAGCGCCAGAAUCGCUUCACACAGCUAAUGGACCGCCUGCCCCUGGGAGGGCACAGUUCAAGCUCCGCCAAACUGGGCACACCGGGGGCGCCACAAAACCAGAAUCCAUGUCCGAAUCAGAUUCAGAAUCAGAAUCAAGCAUCAAUGUCGCCGUCGAUGAGCAGCCUGAAUCGCAGCAUCUCGCAGCUGGAGGUGACUUCUGCUGGCGACCAUCUGCGCAGCUCCGUGAGCUUUCUCAGCGAGGAGCUCUUCCUGGACGUGGAGACCGGCGAGGAGUUCCAUGAUCCGCACAGGUAG